CCCCUCCCUCUCCUCCUCCUCCUCCAACCUCUUCCUCCUCCCCCUCCCUCCUCUCCCGAGUGACAAAAUCGCGGUGCGUUCCUGCUCUGUGUCGGCACUCGAGGCUGGGGCUGGACACGCGCUGCCGGCGAACAUCGCGACUCCCUCCGCCAGGCAUCGAACUCAGGAGGGUGAAGCUGCGCGGAUUCGGCUCCGUUCAUCGCACAGACUUCGAGCGUCACUGCCGAGAGUGAGCAACCAUGGGCAUCCACAGCGAGUCGCCGCCGUCGAACGCCAGCUGGCUGGCGGCCCCGCCGGGCGCGCGCGCCAACAGCACGGCCCUCAUCAAGCGCCCCUACAUGCACAAGCUGGCCCACCUGGACGAGGAGCUCUUCGACGAGUACCACGCCCUGUGGCUCACGCUGCUCGCCGUGAGCGUCGUCGUGAGCCUCGCGGGCCUCGCGGCCAACUCGGCCGCCCUCUGGGUGUUCAGCUGCCGCACGCGCUCCAAGACGGCGCCGGUCAUCUACACGCUGAACCUCGUCGCCGCCGACCUCCUGCUGAGCCUCGCCAUCCCGGCGCGCGUCCUCAUGUACGCGAGCCGCGGCCGCUGCCUCGCCUGCUCGCACGCGCACGUGUUCGUCUACUUCGUGAACAUGUACGCGAGCGUCUUCUUCCUCACCUGCAUCGGCGUCGACCGCUACAUGGCCAUCGUCCACCCGCUCGCCUCGAAGCGUUGGCGGCGGCCGCUCUUCGCCGUCGCGCUGAGCGCGGUCCUCUGGACCCUCGCCACGGUCAUCACCACCUCGGUCCUCACCAUGGCCAUCAAGUUCUCCGCCUGCUGCUACUUCAAGCUCUUCAUGCUGUCGCUCUUCGAGUUCUUCCUCCCGUUCGCCGUCACGGCGUUCGUGACGGCGCGCAUGCUGUGCGCCCUCCGACGCGGCGGCGGCGUCGGCGGCUCCGCGGGCUCCCGUGAGAAGCUGAGGCGCGCCGUGCGCCUCCUCGCCGCCGUCUUCGUCGUCUUCGCCGUCUGCUUCGUGCCAUUCCACGUGCGCCAGGUGGUCCUCUUCGGCCACGACGCCGUCGACGAGUCCACGGCGCUCGUCGCCUACCACGUGACGCUCACGCUGAGCAGCUUCAACUGCGUCCUGGACCCCGUCGUCUACUGCUUCGUGACGAAGCGGUCGCGCGCGGCGCUGCGCUCGCUGUUCGCCCGCGGCCCCAAACGCGGGGGGGGCGUCGGCUGCGACGGUCGAGAAGGACGCGGCGCAGGGGACCGUCGCCGGCGAGGCGACCGGCGUCACCGCGACGGACGUCAGUCGCGGGCAGGCGACGUCCGAGACGGAUAUGUGAUGCCUCGCGGUGUGGGUGGGUGUGGGUUAGGGGGAGAGGCAGAGGAGGAGGGAGAGAGAAGGAUGAGA